UCGUUCAAGGCGGCAUGGAGGAUGGUGGGGCUGCGUAGGUGAACAGAGGGGAAGAGAAGCAUCUUUCGUUGCUGACGAAUGUCAUAAUCAAUUAUCGUGAUCGCAAUGAUUUGACUAGCACUACCGUUCAUCACUAGUAUAUUACAACUUCAUUAGAACAUCUGUCAACGAUGGAAACCAAGAAGCACAGAGUAUAUAAGGUCGUACUCACCGGAGGCCCUUGCGGUGGCAAAACUACCGGGCAAUCACGUCUGUGCACGUUUUUUGAAAAUAUGGGAUGGAAGGUAUUUAGAGUACCAGAAACAGCAACAGUUCUUUUGAGUGGUGGGAUAAAAUUCACAGAUCUCUCAGCACAAGAGGUGUUGGCGUUCGUACCUCACUCGUGUCCAAUUUGUGUGGCGAAGUGCACUGGACAUGGCAACAGUAGUGAGGCAUUCAAAUUCCAGGAAAAUCUUCUGAAAACCAUGCUGCAGAUAGAAAAUACUUUCUUUGCUCUUGGAGAAUCCUGUAGUAGAGAUUGUUUGAUUAUCUGUGAUAGAGGUGCCAUGGAUGCUUCAGCCUUUAUAUCAAAGGAAAAAUGGGAAAGGAUGAUGUCAUCAAAUGCUUGGAAUUCAGUCGAAUUAAGAGACAAUCGUUACAAUCAGAUUAUCCACAUGGUUUCAGCUGCUAAUGGUGCUGAAGACUUUUAUUCAACAGAGGAUCAUGCAUGUCGCAGUGAGGGUAUAGAUUUAGCACGAGAUUUGGAUUAUAAAGCAGCAGCUGCAUGGGUCGGACAUCCGUAUUUUGAUGUUAUUGAUAAUUCUACAGAUUUUGAAAUGAAGAUCUGCAGGAUGAUUGAUAGUGUGUGCCAAAAACUGGGUAUUGAUACUGGUGAUCGUCUUCGAACAAAUUCAAGAAAGCUUAAAUUUUUGGUUGGGAGCUUGCCGCCUGAUUCACUUUUUCCACCUUUUCAAGAUUUUGAUGUUGUGCACAAUUAUUUACAGACAAACACACCCAGUAUGCAAGCUCGUCUAAGGAAAAGAGGCCAAAAUGGUCACUGGAGCUACAUACACACAAUCCGAAAGCCAAAGAUUCGUGACCAGAUUGUGGAAGUGAGAACUCAGCUCACUCACAGAGACUAUAUAAAUAUGUUGGCCCAAAAAGAUGACUCACAUUUCACAAUUUUCAAGAAAAGGAGAUGUUUCCUUGUUAAUAACCAAUAUUUCCAGCUGGAUAUUUACAAAGAGCCAUGUCAUCCAAGGUGUAAAGGUCUUGUCCUGCUUGAAACAUACACAAGUGCUGAUGAUAGUGAACUACACAGAAUUCUCCCUCAGUUCCUGACCAUCAUAAAAGAAGUCACGGGCAAUCCUAAUUUUUCCAUGUUCAAUCUCUCCCUACGUGAAGAAUGGGAUACUACAAAGAAAUUCUGUCACUCAUUGCAAGGUACCGUUGAUGAAGCAACUGGAGACAUACAAAAAAAUGGUCAGAAAGAGCCUCAGCUAGUAAAUGGAGUGUAAGAAAAUAUUUAUAUUGCUACUUUCAAAUGCAUAUAGAAGAUGGCAUUGAAAUUAAUCUCAUUUUACAAAGUGUAAAAGUUGUACUUUUCUGUGAAAAUAGUAAGUUAGUUUCCUUUGUUCUUGUUAGUUGAAAUGGCAAGAGCAUUGCUAAAACACACUAAAUUUACUUUACAAUAGUGUGUUUAGCUGUAAAUAAAUAAUUUUCUUACUGCAGUUAAAUUUUGGCUACAUUAACUUUAUAUUGAAAUUAUAUUAAUCACUGAAAGCUCAUUUUAAGAAAAGGUAAUGAACACUGAACUUCUGCUUGGGGGGGGGGCAGUGAAGAGGAAAAUAGGAAGAGAAACGCAAGGAGAGAAAUUGAGAAGAAAUUAAAAAUAUUUUUUUGUGGAAGUGUCUGAACACAUACAAGAAGAAAACAGAUUAAGAGACACACAAUGAGAGGUCACUAUUUUCAAGUGGCUGUAUGAUGUCACGUGUGUGGGUACGUGCGCGUGCGCGCACGCACACACACACACACAAGUUUUUUCUAUUUUUAGUACACACACUGGUGACACCCAGAGUGUUUAGGACAUUUUCUUUGAAGCUAUAGGCUAUCUUGACAGAAAUUUCCUCAAUUGUCUGAUUAGUUUUCCUGGCCCAUAAUUUUAUUAUGUUUCAACUAUUUAUUACAUUAUUAGCAUCAGAAAUAUUUUCUUGUUGCGUAUUCAUACAUUUUGAUGUCUGCUAUCUUUGUGAUGCUCAUUACCUUACAAGUGCAUGACACAUUUGGUGUGUGUGCGGGUGCAAAUUACGCAAGAUAAAGUGGAAUAGCUCAAAAGCUUGGAACAUGUCCAUUGUGUUACAUCUAUCUGUGCUUCUGAAAAUUGUGGUGUAGCUAUGUACUUGAAGUAGUUGGGCAGACCAGCAUAUGACAAGUGACUUAACAUUACUUAGUGACAUCCGCUAUAAAAAAAAAAAAUAAAUAAAUUAAGAAUUUCUGAAGAUAUGGAAUGAAAAAAACAACAGAAUUGAAGAAAAAGUAAUUUAUUCCAGUACUUCACAAUUUCUUUUGCCUUUUAAUUUGAUAUCAUCAAAAGAGCAAAUAACAUGCAAUUAACAUUGUGAACGCAGGCUAAUUUGUGACAUAUAUAUUCAGUUAGUAACAUGUCCCUCUGAUUUUCCAAAUUAACUUUUGUUGUAUGGAAUAUUUCAUCUAAGUAAAUUUCUCUGUAAAAUCAGGGACGGGUGGAAAAGGUUAAAUUUGAGCAGCAUACUGUAAAUGACUCGUGUUGAAUAAUUUGACCCAUUAUACUCAAAGUAUAAACACACUGUACAGUACACUGACAAUGGACAUUUAGAAGGUAUGUUAAAUAUAUCUGAAACUAGCUUCUGCUUGUACAUAUCACUUAGUGAUGAUGAUGUGAAUGCAAAUCUUGGCACUGUAUCUAGUAAGAGACAAAAACUGUGCACAGGCACAGUAAAUUGGCAAGAUAAAAGAAGCCACUUUGAUGAGUCGCAUCACUGUUGCUAAAUGCAAGUUAUUUGUGGAAUGCUUUAUAUCACACUAUAAUAAUUUGUUACGUAAGAUAAAGCAGUGCUCUUACCAUUUCAUAGAAUUUGUGAUUUAUUUGAUAAGUAUUGCUUGUACCUCAGACUGAUACACACAUUGGUGAAUAGAGAAACUUCCUGAAGUCCUUUUCCACUUGUAGUGUAUGCUUGUAGGUUUCACUGAUUCAUAUUGUGUUGUGUCUUCUGAGUGACAGAUUUCAUUUUACUACCUUAGUACAUCUAGUCAUUAAUUGCAACUGGCAUACAAUAUUACUGAAAGGUUACACAGUAGUAGCUUAACUGUUGUUCCUGUUUUGUCUGGUACUUACAGCUGUUUUGAUGACAUCCUCAUUUCAAAAUCAGCUUUUGUCUCCUACUGUGUGGUGUAUUGUGUGCAUUGUUGCAAAUGUCUUUCUUGCAGAUUGAAGUGGGCAAAUGUUAGUGCCUUUUUGUUAACUGAAAUUGUAUUAUGUGAUAUCUUCUUACUUUAGCCAUUGUGUGUUUACUCUAUGGUUAUACAAGUAAUUGAAAAGGAUUUUUGAAAAGAAAACAAAGUAUUUGUAUUUUUAUGUCACAGAAUCACACAAAACAGCUUUAUAUUUUCACUUACAUUGGAAAUUCCAAUGAAUUCAAAUAGUGGAUCAUAACUGCUAGUUGAAGUAUUUCAAAGACAGUAUUGUAUUGUGUACUUAAAAUGGAUCUAGAAAGACAAUUUUCUUUGUACCUGUAGCUUUUCAUUGUUACUUUUUACCUGUGUGCAUACAUUGUGUGUGUUUGAACUGUCCUAAUAUCUGUUACAAGUAAUAUAACUCUUGUUUUGUACUUCUUGCUGAAAGAGGAGCAGUUUAUUCACUAAAUUGAAAGCUUUUUUUAUCUUACUUUUGUCACUGAUGAUACAGUGUGACUGUAUUUGCAAUACAUUGUUGCUGACUAAAGUUAAAUCACUGUGUUGCAGAAGUUAGGCACUGAAUAUUAUAAAGUCCUGUUUUAUAUCUUCAUUUCUUUUACCUGAUUGCUUUAUAUGAUGCUUCUGAUUUCAUGUUCCAAAACUUCUAUUAUAUUUAGUAUUAAACAACAAUAGCACAGUAACUGUACAACUAUUUGGCAUCAUCAUUGUACACAAUUCUGAUUUCUGAGUUAAAAUACUGUUUGUUAUGGAUCAUAAUAUUACUAAAAGUGUUUUGCAUAACAUUAUAAUAAUUCAUUAUAUGACACAGAAGGCAUGUCCAAAAUUUAGGACAGAAUUGUAACUAUUACCAACCCAAUAUUUUUUUUUAAUUUUGCAAAAUCUGUUAGUAAAAGAAUUAGAAUUGUUCACAGAAUGAAUGGAAGUUCCAGUAUGACCCACAGGUCAGAGAGGAAUUGGUUAUAUUAAUUUGCACUCUCUCUCUCUCUCUAGUUUGUUUUCCUCUUUAGUUAUUACAGAUAAAGUUAAUGUUUUUCCUGUCUCUUAUUAUUUUGUGAUCACUUGUACCAAAAUUAUGCUCCAUACAUUUUUAUAUAUAAAAAACAGUGGUUCAGAUAGUAUAUGUCUGUCAUGUGCACUGAAACCAAUUAAGAUAUGUAUCUUCCAUGUCUUUACUGACUAGCUGUUGCCACAAACAUUAAAAAACAAACUGUAAGGAAUGAUAAUAUUUUAAAUGACUUCAGCCUAAGAUAUUUUAAUCUUCAAGAAAGUUUGUAUUUUUUGUGCAUAAUGUGCUAUAAAAAGUCAAAGCUUAUUAAUAACUAUUUUUCCAUCACUUCAAAAUCUUUCAUAUGAAAACACUCAAAGGCAUUAAAGAACAUAACCCCCCAUAUAUAGAUGGGUCUCAGUAUUAUUUUAUUUUCUCCAUUUUAAGUAAAAUAAUUUGUACAUUAAAAUUGUUUCACAUGCCAAAAUUAUUUAUAUGCAUAUAAUUUAGUUGCAACAGGGUCCACAGCUGUGAUAUACUUCUUGAAACAAAUAAGUUUUCUUAAUUGGCUGUUUUUCAUUUCCAUGCUAUUUUGUGUAUCAUAUUAUUUUGGCUCUGUAGCCAUUUUCAGGUAAAAUGUUUAACCUGUUAACUAUUUGUUUCAGGUUAGUUGUAUAAUUUUAUGUGCGUCUGUUGUUGGCUGGGCUUGAGAGCUAUAGCCACGAUAAUUGUUAUAGUACAAACAGUAGCACACAAGCAAGCCAUUUACUAUCCUCAGAAUUGUGUAUGUGUAACCUGAAACAACAUAGUACACAAAAUGAAAUGGAAAUGAAUGACAGCCAGUUCAGGAAACUUAUUUCUUCCAAGAUAUUUAUAUGCAGUUAAUGCAAAUACUGUCUGGAUUCAAUAACUGCUUUAGAAUUGUACCUUUUAAUGCUAUGGACUAUGGGUUUCAGUUCUCAGUGAUCGUCAACAGAUUUGCAAGUGUGCCUGUAUAGUAUAUAUACUUAACAUCUCAUCAGAAAUGAUGUAAAAUACAAGUAAUAUCUGUAAGAUUUUGUGAUCUGUAACCUGUAGACCACUUUAACAAUGCACCCAGCAGUAUUAAAAUGUUCUAUUUUUUCAUAGUGUGAAAUAGUGAUGUAAUAAUCAUGUUUCUCAGUAACUUCAUUUUUUUGUGUCGUGUAGUAAAGCAAAUUAAAUUUCCUGUUGGUAUUGCAGUUUUAAGAAUUGUUUUCAAAAAUAAAUGAAGAAGACCAUAUGCAUUUCUUAAAA